AGGGGACGGCGCUGUGUCUCUGACCUUUCCCGAUAAGCUCGGUGAUUGCUCAGAUGGGAACGCCUAGGGCAUCGAUCCUCGAGCUCUCCCUCUCCUCUCUCUCUCUCUCUCUCUCUCUCUCUCUCUCUCUCUCUCCCCCCUUAAAAAAAUAAAUAAAUAAUUAAAAAACUCUACUAAGCUCCAACACAUCCCACACCUCCCCCUCUCUCUCUCUCUCUCUCUCUCUCUCGCCCUUCUCCGCCCUCGCAAAACCCUAAGCUCUCGCGUCCUCUUCCUCUCUCUUUCUCUCUCUCUAUCGGGGGGAGAUCACGGAGCGGAGGGGGAGAUCGAGGGCCGGUAAUGGCGGAAUCUUGUCCGAGGGGGGCGUAGAGAACGGGGAUAGUGUACGGGGUUGCUUACCUUAGAAACGACUCCCCUUCAACAAUGCGGAGGGGACGGACGAAGAGGGGCGAGGAAGCGUAAUGCGGGUGGAUCGGCGGUGCUUCGAGGCCGAGGGAGAGAUCGCAAUUGUUGAAGUCUCAGUUGCCUUUUGGCGUGGAUCUGGGACUGGGACGAGAACGGCGUAGAUCGGAGGUUUCUUCUCGAUCGAGGUUGUGUGUGUGAUAGGGCAGUGGGAAAGCUGAGGGGGAGAGAGAACGCGCGCGAACGCCAUCUCGAGCGUCCAAAGGACAGGUCCACCGACCCUCGCCAAAAAACCCUAGCUUAGCCACUACUGCUGCUGCUUCUGCCGCUUCUGCAACGCGCCUCCUCCCUCGUCCCCAAAAAGAGAGCGAGAAAGGUGAUACAGCUGGAGAUAAGAAAGGAGAGGUCGGAGAGAGGGAGAGGAGGUGGUAGAUACAGAAGAGGGCCGGUGGAAACCCUAAUCUUGGCUCGUGGGGAGAGGCAUGAGAGCGGGAUGGAGGUGGGGGAGAACCACGCGAGCAAGCGUUCUCGGCUCGGCAACGGCCCCGUCCCCACCAGCGUCGGAUCCAAGGUAGCGCGCCGCGACGAGGACGAGGGCGACGCGAAGAGGAAGCGCGGCGGCGGCGGAGGCGGAGGCGGAGGCGGAGGCGGAGGCGGAGAAAGCCGCGGCUUGGUGUCGUGGCACCACCCGUCGUCGCGAAUCUACCGCGUCUCGCGCGCGUCCGGGGGGAAGGAUCGGCACAGCAAGGUGUACACGGCGAAGGGGCUCCGCGACCGCCGCGUCCGCCUCUCCGUCUCCACCGCUAUCCAGUUCUACGACCUGCAGGAUCGCCUCGGCUACGACCAGCCCAGCAAGGCCAUCGAGUGGCUCAUCAAAGCCGCCGCGGCCGCCAUUAACGAGCUCCCUUCUCUCGACAGCUCCUUCCCCGACCCUCCGAAGCAGGAGGUGGUCGCCGACGCGGACGCGGACGCGGACGCGGACGUAGACGCCGAAGAGAAGGACGUCUUCUCCCAGCAGCAGCAGCAGCAGCAGCAGCAGCAGCAGCACUUGACCAAGUCCGGGUGCAGCAGCACUUCGGAGACCAGCAGGGGCUCGGUCCUGUCGCUUUCCCGCUCGGAGAACCGGGUCAAGGCGCGCGAGCGCGCGCGCGAGAGGGUCGCCAAGGACAAGGACAAGAACGACAGGGACGAGGGCGCCCACGUGGCCUCCUCCCACCACCACCACCACCACCACCACCACCACGGCGUGAGCAACCCGGGACUCGGCUCCCAAACCUCCUUCACCGAGCUCCUCACCGGCGGCGGCGGCGCCCUCACCGCCGCGGCGCAGGCGAGCUCCGGCGCGCCCCCGCCCAACUGCGUCCAGAAGCAGAUCCGACAACCGCCACCGCCACCAACGCCAACGCCAACGCCCGUCACUGCCACGGCCGAUUACUUCGGUCAGGUCGGCGGGCUCUUUGGCGCCCCGAAAAGCCACCAACUUUCCUCAGCCUUUUCCGCCCAUCAGGCCCACCAUCUCGGAAACAGCUCCCAUCUGGGGAUGGUGCCCUUCAACAUCGCCGCCGCCGCCGCUGCGGCGGCCGCGGCUGCUGCGGCUGCGGCGGGGGAGCAUCCGGAGAUGCAGCAGCAGUUCUCCUUCCUGCAGGACCACCUAAUCCCCGUUCCGGACUACAACCUCAACUUCUCCAUCUCCACCUCGGGUCUUGCGGGUUUGAACAGGGGGACCCUUCAGUCCAAUUCACAAACACCUCACUUGCCUCACCACCACCACCACCACCAGCACCUACAGAGGCUCUCUUCUCCGGUUGACGGAUCAAACCUACCCUUCUUCUUCGGCGCUGCCACCGCCACCGCUCCAGCCCCUGCCGCCGCCGCCGCCGCCGCCGCAGAGAACCCAUUCGCAGCCGGGUUCGACGGCCGCCUCCAACUCUGGGACGGGUACAAGCACGCGGACCUCAAAGGCAAAGGGAAGAGCUGAAGAAUACAUGGGAGGGCAUGUAGAUGCCCCCAUUCUUCGACGUCCCCACGCUGGAAUUGAAGAUGGCCAGGCCUCUUCCAGCAUUUGGCAUCGGAAUCGAGUUGAUUGUUUUUUAUCAAAUGGACUUGCUAUGACUUCGACUAUAUGUACUGUGGUAUUUAUUUUCCUCUGCUCUCAUGAUUUGCAUUCAUCAUUUGUCGGAUGGAUGGUUUUUUCUGUCUUUGGUUUGAGUAAUGGACUUUUUAUUUUUUUUUUUUACCGAUUAUAACGGCUAAACUGUCUCGUGCUUCUUCAUCAUCAUGUAUGGACCCUAUAAUGAGGCCGUUUUAAUGCUCUUGUAUCCUACUUCUCUAGCAAAUUUGGAUGCCAUUUGGAUUGUGCUGUCUCA